AUGCCUGAAACCAAGCAUUUCACUCAUACCAUCAAAUUGUCUCCUGGCUCUUCUCACGCCGGGCAGUAUUUCGAGGGCAGAUUAGCCUACUGGAGUCUCGGCGACGCUUCCAAGCCUACGGUCUUGAUGCCGACGUGUUUUGCCGGGAAACUCGAAACCACCACUCCUUUUCUCUACGAUUCUGAGACUUCGGCAUUGCCGCUUUCAAAGUAUCAUAUUUUGGUAGUGGGACAGCUUGGUGGCGGUGAGAGCUCUUCUCCUUCCAAUCAGGCUGCUCCAUUCUCUGGUGUCGAAUUUCCGAGGGUGACGUAUGAGGACAACAUUCAUUUGCAGCAUGCGUUGUGUCAAAGUCUUGGUGUCAAGCAUCUAGAGGCUUAUAUCGGGUUCUCGAUGGGUGGGCAGCAAGCUUAUUACAUGAGCGUUCUCUAUCCCGACUUUGUCUCUAAUGUCGUAAUGCUGGCUACCUCGGCAAGAACAUCAUGGCAUAACUACAACUUCUUGGAGGGACCCAAGGCUGCUCUGGAGUCUGCCGUCGACUUUGAAGAUGGACACUACAAGAAAGAGCCAGUCAGAGGUCUCAGGGCUUUCGGCAGAGUCUAUUCUACAUGGGCGCUCAGUCAGCAAUGGUACAGAGAGGAGUGCUGGAAAGUCCUCGGCUACGACACGCUAGAGCAAUACCUCCAGAACAUCUGGGACAAGAGAUCAAAUGAUGCAAACGAUCUACUCUCCAUGCUAUGGACAUGGCAGAAUGGAAACAUUGCUUCUUGCUUCCCGAAGGACAAGGAUGAUUUACCCACAGCUUUGGGCAGGAUCAAGGCCAAGUGCGCGAUCAUGCCAUCCAGGACUGACAUGUACUUCCCACCCGAAGACAGCGAGGAAGAAGUAAAGCAUAUUAAGAACGGAAAGCUGGCUGUCAUUGAGAGUAUUUGGGGGCAUUUGGCUGGCGGUGGCGCUGGUACAGCAGAGGAUAAGCAGCUUAUCAACGAGCAAGUCUCGCAGCUGCUCGGCCAGUAG